CGAAGUUUCAGCGUACUUCGGAGCAAGGAUACGUGAGUCGACACGAAGCAAACCUCAGAAAUAACGGAACAGCCGGACGGACGUUUCGCACAGUCGAGACGAACUACAACCAUAGAUUCGAGAUGCCGAAGAAAGAAUAAUUGCGCUGAGUAGAAUAGUCACGGAAGUUAGUUAUAUACGUAUAAUUUCUGUCUCUUUAUGUAUACGUUUACAUAUAUAGAAAAGUGACGAUGACGAUACAAAAGGGAUCUAGUAAAAGUGCGAAUUUUUUUCAUAUAAGAUACAAAAAAAAGAUAGAUGAUGACAUUUCGUAGUUGCAGCCGUCAAGUUCGUUCACAUGAAAUCAGGAAGUUUUGACGAAAAGAAGUUACGACGAGUUUAUCGAACGUGUUUCUAUCACACAUAAUUUCAUAUCGUCGGAAAUAAAAAGAUAACUUGUACACAUGGCGGGGAUCGGUUUACAAACUAAUCUGGCGGGAAUUACUGGCCUACCUCUUCGUCUACUACCUCAUCAAUUUUACAUAUCGAUAUGCGCUCAACGAGCAGCAACAAUCUUCGAAAAGAUACGUUAUUAUUUCGGGAACUCGAGCGAAUCGAUUCCGAUGUCGUUCGUCCUGGGAUUCUACGUGAGUCUCGUAGUGAAGAGGUGGUGGGAGCAGUACAAGCUUUUACCGUGGCCGGACAAUCUGGCCCUCUUCAUCAGCGCCGCCAUUCCUGGAAACGACGAGAGAGGACGACUGAUGAGGCGGAAUAUCGUGAGGUAUGCCGUUUUGGCCUAUGUUAUCACCCUUCAGAGGAUCUCCCUGAGGGUUAAGAGACGUUUCCCGACUCUUCAACAUAUCGUCGAUGUCGGUCUAAUGAUGGAGUCGGAGAAAAAAAUCUUCGAGAUGAUGAACAAAAAAGCGGCCAUGUCGAAAUAUUGGAUGCCGCUCGUCUGGGCGACUAAUAUCAUCAAUAGGGCAAGGAAAGAAGCCCUGAUCACCAGUGACCAAGUAGUGCAAACCCUCCUUGUCGAACUCAGCGACAUCCGGAAGAGGCUUGGCGCACUGAUCGGUUACGACACUGUUUGCGUUCCUCUCGUUUACACUCAGGUUGUUACGCUGUCGCUUUACGCGUACUUCUUCUCGGCUCUACUCGGUAGACAGUUUAUCGAACGCACUGAAGCGGGUGGUGGGAAAUACGAGGAACCGGACAUGUAUUUUCCUUUUUUCACGGCCCUACAGUUUUGUUUUUAUGUUGGAUGGCUGAAAGUAGCCGAGGUACUUAUUAAUCCUUUCGGCGAGGACGACGAUGAUAUCGAAUUAAAUUGGCUGAUAGAUAGACACAUUAAAGCUGGUUAUAUGAUCGUCGAUGAGAUGCACGAAGAGCAUCCUGAAUUAUUGAAAGAUCAAUAUUGGGACGAAGUGGUGCCUCGAGAUCUUCCAUAUACGGUCGCAAGCGAGCAAUAUCGACGAGAAGAACCAAAGGGUUCGGCGGAACAUUACAAGGUAAAGGACAGCGAUGCUCUUUACGCUAAUGUAAUGAUGGGAACACAAAUUCAUAGUCACGUGCAACAUCGCAAGGUCCAUCAGGAUGACAUGUAUGCAGAUUAUGAAAGUGUAGACACCCCAUUGGUGGAGCGAAGAAAGAAUUGGCUUCAACGGCAAAUCACGCGAAUGGGUUCCGUACGUAGUUCAUCGACUACUUAUAGCAGUGGAGGAGGUUUCUUUGCACGAAAUCGUCACAACAGCGUAUACAGUAGUCCCGAAACAGGGGGCUUGCCAACGGCAACUAAUCCAAAUUUGAAAAUAUCGCUGUAUGACCGUCUCGUAGGUCGUAAAAGUAUCCGCAGUCAACGAAUGGGCAGGCAAGGUACGAUGACGAAGUUGAACUCGGUGCCAGUAUCCUUGAAGAACAGGCCACGUAUACCGACCCCGGACGUAACAAAGGAGGUAGUCGAUCGUGAGCAGAGAUUGGCGUUGUCGGCGAGCAAUACGGCCAACAUCGGUGCUGGCGUUGUUGGCGUUAUACCAGCGAAUGGCCAUUAUACUACUGAUUUACCGGUGGUCCAAGUGGUCCUGUCGCCGAUUCAGGAGACCGAGGGAACGCCAGCAAAUGCGAAAUCGGGUGCAGCUGCUUUGGCACAAGCGGUAUUGUCACCGACUUUAACUGGCGCCGGUUUGGUAGCACCUGUUACUCUAACGCCAGUGACUAUGAGCCAGCUGACGCAGUUAGGUUUGGUCACGACUACAUCAGCUUCUUCGUACAGACCCACGAACAUACAGAGCAAUAACACGAUUCAGGCUACCUUGACGGAAGUCAACAGUAGCGAGGAGGAAGGUUCAGGAAGCGGAAGUUCCAGUAGUAGAAGCGAAAGUAUCACUGGUCAAGAAGAGAGAAGUACCCCAUUAAUCGGCGAUAAUACUAGUCCCGUAAUUAGUAACGGAAGUUCACCUACCUUCGACAGUUACAACGAUCGUUCUCCAAUUCUUAUGAAUCCAGAGAAACUGGGAUAUGUCGUAGCUUUGCCAACUACACAAGAGACCCAUCUGCAAACUGCGAUAGAACCACGUGGCAGAAGAUCAGCCUCUUUACCUGGACCACCCGUUAUCCAAUUAAAGGAAGAUAGAAGCAUGUCCUUGCCCCAUUCUCCAGGUCUCCAACCGAGAGAAACUCGUGCAGCUUCUGUUUCAAGUAGACACGAUAAUCAUAAUUUAGACAGACUCGCUAUAAUUUCUCCAAAUCACGAUUUACGACCUAGAACCAAUAGUUUCGGUCAUGAACUCACGAGGAACAAUCAGCAGCGUAAUCAGGAGACCUCGAGGAAAAUAAGUAGCGCUUCUUGUAACAACGCUGCGAUCUCAACGGCACCGAUUGUACCAACCCAGACGACAGGCUCUCCUAGCAAAAGGGGCGAGGUCUAUGUUUGACCGAAAUUUUUUCUUAUCAGGACCCUUCUUCGUCUUUCCUCUUUAGCGUUUUCGUGCUAAUUCCGCUUUCGCGAAUUAGAGAUCGUACGAGAAGAAGAUAAAAGAUAUUUCGAUCUACCUUUUCCACUAUUGUGAUGUAUUUCUUUUUUUUUUUUCUUCUUCUUUUCGCUUCUUUUCUUGUACAUAGUACGACGUGGCAGGAGUCAAACCAUCGAAACUAUUUCAUGGACAAUAGCAUCGAUCGCGAGACUGCUUUUUACGGAUUUUUAUUAUUAUUAUUAUUAUUAUUAUUAUUAUUAUUAUUAUUAUUAUUAUUAUUUUUAUCUUUUUCUCUUUUUUUUCUUGUUAUCUUUUUGUUUCUCUCUUUUUCUUAUUUUUUUUUUUUUGUUCCUCACCAAAUAUGACUUUCUAUUAAGGAAUUUUACUUUCACACACCCGUAGUCUCGUAGAUGGCGCGUCGAUUUCGAAAAUGACUUUAAAGAUCAAGUCGAUAUCCUGUAAAUACUAUCUAUUUGUGCAUAUAAUCUUUAGGAACGCUCAACGGCAUAGUUUAAAAUCGAGCUAGAACUUUUAUAAUAUAAAUAAAAAUGAAAAAACACGUGUUGUGUUACGUGUGUGCGUGUGUGUAUGUGUAUAUCGCUGAAUCGUUACUAAAGUGCAAUCUCUCGUAUAAGUAUAAUGGUCUUUAAAAUAGAGCGAAAUAAAUUUCGUCAUUUCGGACUCGAUAGAUGGUACGAUGGUGUUGUAUAUUUUUUGUUUUUUUAUCGCACGUGCAAUAUUGUACUAGAGUUAAUGUAGAAUGCAUCUUUAUCUUUGCCGUUUGACAACUAUAAUAUUAAUUACCGUAACUAUAGUAUAAAUUACCGAAAAAACGAACGCGGCGUAGAAUUUCGGCGAGAACCGAUUAUUUUAGUUUUUUAUUAAAAUAAUUAGAGCUGACAAUGAAGCAUGAAUAGGAAAGGGCCUUUACUUUAGUUUUUAGCGAGCUUUUGUCAGUUAAAUCAUAGGCCAAAUCGUCGAUUGUAAUGAACCGUAAAAGAGUGAAUAUCAAUGCGUUGCAGUAUAGAAGUCAUCAACUAUGAUACGUAAGACAAAUAAAUAAAUAUAUAUAUAUAUAUACAUAUAUACACAUAUAUAUAUAUAUAUAUAUAUAUAUGUACAUGUAUAAUUUGUGUAUUUCGUCAUGUGUGAUAUGAAGUUUUAUACAUAUUUAUAUUAUACGAUUUAUGAUGGGAUUGUAUCUAAGAGUAUGUAACGAUAUUCUACUAUUUACGGGCUAUUGACAUAUGCAAAACUUUAUGUAUGCCAUUGUAAAUAGGUAUGCGUUUUUCCAACCGAAGGAGAACGUCUUUUUCACGAUAAGAAGACAAUUGCCAUAUUUAUUCAAUGACGGUCGGCUCGAAAGUUUCGUAUACGUGAUACUAGAACAAUGAAUUUCUAUGCACUUCUUCGCGUAUGAUUAUACACGAAUGAUUAUGCCAUAUCGAAAUAUUGUAUAAAGCUGUUACAUAGUUGUCGAUGUUUUAUAGAUUCAUUCAUUCUAGAAAUCUACAUAUGCUUUGUCGAAUGGCAAAUAUGUUUUUCGACUAAUAUAUAGAUAGAAAGAGUAUUAGUUUUUUCGAGAUCUACAAGAUCUUUGCGAGUACUUCAACAAUGAAAUAUAAGAUAUAGAAGAUGACAAAUAAUCCAACAUGAUAUAUAUACAUAUAUGUAUAUAUAUAUAUAUAUAUAUAUAUAUAUAUAUAUUUAUAUGUAUGUAUGUAUGUAUAUGUAUGUAUAAUACACUUGUUUGCGGUUUAAAUAGUCGUCUUUUAGUUUCACGAUGUAUUAGAAAGAGCGGUGAGUCAAAAUCUAAACGGACAAAGUCUUCGAUCGCUGAUAAAAUGAAAUAUAACAAAAUCGGAUGAACGAGCAUAAGUUUGUCCUACGACAAACGUACUUACGUGUACAUAGUUAACUGAUUAAGUUAAUAUCGUUUUACGUAUCGAUCGAUGUUCUCGAUAUUAGCGAAGUAAGAAACUUUAUUAUAUAUGUGUCCGUGUUUGUCUGUGUAUAUGUACGUGUGUGAGCGCGCGUCUGUUUGUAUUUGUUGCGACGGUAGAUGCUGUGUUAUUGUUGCUCUACAACUUGUGAGACAUUUAAAUAAUUAAAGAUAAUCGAACGGGGUAAAUUAAUUAUAUGAUCAUGCUUUUAUACGUGCAAGAUCAAACGUUGAGAGUUUUGUAAAUAUUACGUUGAAUUCGUCGAUUGGCUCGAUAAUUCGUGGAUGCAGAAGAGGAAGAGAAGAUAUUUUCGUUAUUUACAUAUAUCGAACGAACAAUGCGAUCGACGAUUAAAUAAAUAUUUUUUUUCCUUUUUUUUAAAUGACGCGACAAUGUUUUACUGUAUUUAAUGAACGAUUCGUCGCGAAGCCGAACGUUUUACACGUACGAAGACUCUGAUGGCGAGACGAAAUAUUUCGUGUUGUAAAUAUUUAUCUUGCAGUAUUUUUUUAUAUAUAGGUAUAUACAUAUAUAUGUAUAUAUAUAUAUAUGUAUAUAUAAAAAAGAUUUGUUUAUACAUAAAUAUACACAUAUACAUAUAUAUAUAUAUAUAUAUAUACAUAUAUGUAUGUAUAUAUAUAUAUAUAUGUAUACAUUUGUAUACGCAUAAACAAAUCCUUUUUGUAUUAUCGCACAUGUCUAAUUAUUGUCUCGAAGAAUAAGGAAGACAAGAAAGUGCGAGCGAUUUCGGAAAAUAUCGGCUGACACGCGAUCACGUUCGUGCGAUAUAAUGAGUUAGUAGAGAUGUUUCAUAUUAUAUUUUCCCUAUUAUAUUAUAUGUAAUCAAGAAUAAAAUAAAUUUUUUUUUAAAUAUU